UUUAAGAACUUUUAAAAAAAAAGCAUUAACCAAUUAUCAGUUGGCUACUGGUCCUAUAUUUUAAAUGCUGUGUAAGUAUUUUGUUCCCGCCUAUCACAUUUUAACGGAAGUGCCGUCUAUGCUUUUUGUCUUUUUUCCCUAUGGAGGCGGCCACCAACGGCAAACUGACCUAUACUUCGUUUUCCGCCCGUAUCUCGUUACUAUUUCCUGUUGGGCUUUGCCCGGCAUUUGCAGCACGUGACCUGGAUAAGAAGCUCGGCACAAGCUGAAGAAAGAAACAGAAAAGCAUCAUCCACCAUGAUUGGUGACUACAAUCUGGUUUAAUGAGGCGUCAUGGUGCUUCUAUUGUCUUUGCGCCACAAUAUGCAGCACCAUCGUCUGUUAGUUCUGAGGAGUCCAAGAACACAUAGGCAUAUGGUACAGCCAUACUGUUCACCAGCCUCCAAGAGGCCUGAGGCUAACACCACAAUGGAAAUAGCUACAAGUCUUCUCCAUCGCUUAACAGAAUCAGGGAAGGUUGUAGGAAGGAACACCCUUCAGAGAACCUCUGCGGCUGCCAAAAACUGGUGGGACAAAUACGAGGAGUUUGUUGGUCUCAACGAAGUCCGAGAAGCUCAGGGAAAUGUGACUGAGGCUGAGAAAAAGUUUAUGGUUGCUCGAGGGAUCGUACGAGAAGCCCGUGAAACUUGGGAGUCUCAGCAGGUCAAAUUGAAGGACAUUCGAGACCGUUUGGACCGAGUCUCGCGAGAUGACACUCAGUACCUGGAGCUGGCAACCCUGGAGCACAAGUUACUGCAGGAAGAGAAGAAAUACCGAGCAACCUACUUAACUGCUGAGGCAUCUGAGCGAGAAAUGUUCUCUCUCUUCUCUGCCGCUGUGAGAGAAAGCCAUGAGAAAGAGCGAACAAGAGCUGAGAAAACAAAGAACUGGUCCAUUAUCGGCUCAGUACUAGGGGCCAUUAUUGGGGUUCUUGGUUCCACCUACGUCAACCGUGUUAGACUGCAGGAAUUAAAAGCCUUGGUUCUUGAAGCGCAAAAGGGACCCAAAAGCCUUCAGGAAGCCAUCCGGGAACAAGCCUCAAGCUAUGACUCCCAACAGAGGGAUCUAAGUGAUCUUAUUACCAACCUGAAGAGCAUCCUGAACGUUGUGACUGUGACAUCACAAGAAGCGAAGGAGGGGGCGUCCUCGGCCAAAGGCAGCCUGAGCGCCUCACUUAAAAUGGACCCUGUCUUAGUUUCCAUUAAAGAACAGCUCAGCCACUCGAAACAAAUGAAUUCAUUGCUUGGAAGCCUGCAGCAGCAGCUUGGCAAUCUGGAAAAGAGUUUGGGGGAAAUGGCUUCCGGAGUACAGAGCAUGAAGAGUACAGCUUAUCCCACCCCUGGGGAAAGAGUAUUACUUGGCUCUUCUGUGGAAGGGAACAGUCAGACCUAUGAGGUACAGGAUGUGGUUCUAGAGCUGUGCGAUGCGGAGAGGAGACUGGAAGCACAAAUGAAGAGGAACUCCAUCUACAGCACAGCCUUCACGUGUACUGUCUUUGCCAUUGCGCUUCCUGUGCUGUAUGUGCUGCUCAAGGGUAAUUGAGCCUACGGCCGGAUGAAAAAUUAUGUGUUGGAGUAAUAAAAUGACAUUCCCUGA